UAGACUAGCUGUAGAUGCAUCUUGUGACCAUCUGUCUGCGGCCGCCAUGUCAUUCCGGGAUAAGCUGGCCGGGAAAACCCUCAAUUUGCAGCAGAAAUAUGACGCUCAGAGAAAGCAAAUGUUGGAGACUUGGCUGGCUGAGAUCAAGGUGAGGUUCAUCCAAAAAUGCGAAGCUGCAGCGGAUCGGCGGGAGUUUUGCUGCACAAUGUUGGUUAUCUUUCCUCACCACCUGAACAAGAGGGGUGUCACUGUCAGUGAAGGCCUCUUGUUGGAUCAGAUGCAGGACAUGUUGGCUGAGUUGGGUUUCCGAGUUCAAGACGGAACGGGAACAGUCAGACCCUUUGACUUCAGAAGAGUUGGCCCCUUCUGUGAGGCUUUCUGUGCAGAGCUGACUGCAGAUUGGGGUGAUGCAACUUCUAAGCGCCCGGAGAUGCGCAAAGAGACAAGCGCCACCUCCGCCGUGUGUCCCAUCUGCCGCGACCGUCGCCCAGCCGUGGUCCUGGUGCCCUGCGGACACGUGGUCUGCCGCGACUGCCACCGCUGCCAGCAGCUGAGGCAGUGCCCCAUGUGCAGGGAGAGGAUCACUUCGGCCACUCGAGGGCUCUUCAUGGAGUGAGCGCUGUCGGGAGGUGGUGUUUGGCAGCCUGCUGAGUGCCGUUGUAGUCCUUUGUGGCCCAAUCCUUUGCUGAAGAGUGAGCGGAUUUGAUUUCAAGCAUACCUUCCCC